AUGAAGAGGCAGGUCGGGGUUCCGCAAUUGACGCCUGAGCAAAUUGCUUACACCAAUGCUCCCGAGAUCCUUUCUAUCACAGGGUCAUUCUUCGCCGCGGCCGCCCUAGUUGUCUUGCUUCGCUGUUAUGUUCGAAUAGUUAUGCUGAAGGUCUUCGGAAUAGACGACUAUGUAAUGGUAUUCUCUAUGAUUUUGGCCUCGGCAACAUUCGCAUGCUUCGUUAUCGAAACACAUUAUGGCCUGGGAAAGCACUUCCUGGUUCUCCUGAUGGACCCCAUAAUGUACAUGAAUUUCGCAAGGAUACUCUAUGUUCACUCGAUUAUUGUGAUGGUUGGGGUUUCGUCCGUUAAGGUUUCAAUUGCUUUCUUCCUUAUGAGGCUUUCGACAAGAACACCAUACAGCCGUUUCCUGUAUGGUUGCAUCGGAUUCAUCAUUCUUCUUACUGUUACAUGCGCAAUGACCUUGAUCUUCCAAUGCCUUCCAGUGGAAGCUGCCUGGGAUUCAAGACUCCGACCACCACCAUUUGGCACUGGAACCGCAAAAUGCUACAGCAUGACCAUUUUCCGUAAUCUAGGCUUAAUGAAUAGCUCUUUCAACAUUAUUACAGAUGUUCUUUUCGCGACCAUUCCAGUACCACUGAUCUGGAAGCUCCAACUCAACACUCGAACUAAGAUCUCCCUAAUCGCCAUUCUCUCUCUUGGUUUCUUCGCCUCCGCAGCUGCUAUCAUCAAGGCCGUCCAACAAUGGCACGUCCUCUCGGACCCUGACUGGACCGUUCACGAUUCCUUCAAUGUAUGGAAUUACAUCGAGUUCACGAUCGGUAUAAUCGCAGCUUCACUGCCGGCUUUGAAGCCCUUAUUCAACUGGUUCCUGGAGACCGCACGAGCUAUUACUUCAGGUGGAAGAUCCAAGGGAUCAGGAUAUAAAGCUUCCGGUUACAAGGGUGCGGGCUCGCUCGGCUAUCAGAAGCAAGCCAGCGAUUCCAGGAGUAUUGCACUACAUAGCCUCACAAGUAAGGGAGACUCAACACCUGGAGGCUACAAGAAUCCCUACAAUGUCCGGGUAACUACCAAGGGGGAGAAGGAUACAUGGGAUAUGGAGCGUGCGAAGACGAGUGACGAGUCCAUCCUCCCGCUUCAGCGACCUGAGCCUGGCUCGCAUCAGAUUGUCAUGACUAGGGAGGUACGAGUAAGUUAG